AUGUUUAUAAAUAUUGUGCUCGACCGUCUGCCUGGGGAACUGGGGAAGAAGUUCGUGCUAAAAUGCGCUAUUGUAGCAUGGGUUCUUCCAAUGCUUAUCGUUGUCAUCACAGUUCUGGUCAGUACAGAUGAUUACAAAAAUGACCAAUAUUGUCGGGUACAAGGAAAGUCAUUUUACAUUGCCUUUCUGGCACCAGCAAUAACUGUGUUGGUAUUUAAUGUGAUUAUAUUUGCGCUGGUCGUUAAGGCGUUGCAAAGCACGCGUAUUCGGGGCAACCGACACAAACAAGGUAUCGUCCAUUUUCGUCGGGUUUUGGGCAUCGCCAUCGUCUUUGGAAUAACGUGGCUGUUCGGCGUCCUUGCCAUCGGAGAACUUAGACUUAUCUUCCAGUAUUUGUUCUGCAUAACCAACAGCUUUCAGGGUUUUAUGAUCUUCAUAUUGUACUGUCUUACGGACAGGAAAGUACGAGAAAGACUAGUGCGGUUCCUGUGCGCUUUACCGGAUCCGAACCACAACCGAAUCAUUGACUCAUCUUCUACCCAACGGCCAACAGAUAUCGAUAUCAAUUUGAGUAUGUUUGAGACACAACCAUCUACCAGACCACGGAACUGGUCUGGAACAUGGCCGAUAUCCGGACAUACGAAUCUUGCAAGAGUUACACCAGAGGAACUCACGGUAUAUCCUCGUCCGAACAGAUCGGAUUAUAUCCCAGAUUUCCUGCACGAGUCGGGUUACAGUUCAAAUAUGGUGGACUCCAAUUUUCAUCCCAGGCCAAGGUACCAUCCGCAUCCAGUUAGCUCCGAUUACGACCCGAAUCGCGUAUGGGAAUAUGAGCAUGACGAAUUUGAGCUGCCUUACACUUACCGAAAUCCACCUGGUAGCCAACCUGUGACAAAUAUACCCUUACCAGGGGAGGUGAGCGGCGAUGCUUUGGUGGAUUCAACACUGGCACAAUACUUGGAACGAAGUGGAGGCGAUAUUUCUUUGAAAAGUGGGAAUUCAGUUAUAUUCAUCAACGACGGACAAAGGGUUGUGGUGCCCGAAUAUCCCGAGUUGGCCGGUAGUAAUAACAAGUGCGAUGAUAAGAAAGUGGAUCCUUUGCAGGUAACGAAAACUUACGAUUCCGACGAGCCAGGAAUCCCAGAAGGACCUCGGAGAUAUAAUCAAGGCGGAGAUGGCCUUAGCUUUUAUAAGAAACCUAGGCCACAAAGACAUAGUUCUGCCACGACGUCUGCUGAAUUGGACAAGAGAUUUUAUCCGAAAGGCAGAGUUCAUAGUAACAAAGCUGUCCAUUUUUCAGCGGACCAACUCGCAACAUCGCCAAGGGAAUCCGAGCGUUGGUCGGACGUUGGCGACGUUCCUCGAUUAAAAACACACUCUCGCCCUGAAGAUAUUUCUGAAGUCAAUGAACAUCAAGCAAGGGGUAAAUACAAGCCACGUCGAACAAAGAGUGCGCAGCCUUUAAGGCGCGUCAUAGCCGAUGAUGAAGUGGAAGAGGAGUAUUACAGAGAUUAUAGGAAGAAAUUUGAUAAGGAACACGAUGAAGUCACCUCCAACUUCAUUGCUGCGUCAGAGUCAAAAAACUCCAAAGACAAACCUGCUUGCGAUAGAAAAAGGGAGGGUCAAUUUGGUCAAGAGUCUGGAUCGAGCUCUUCUGAUACUUCGAGUGACACUUCGUUUCGAUGGAUCGAAGCCACUGAAGCUGGGCAUGCGCCUAAUCUCAAAUCUUAUAGUCUGACGACAUUUUCAGACUUUACUAGUGAUGAUGGUCUAGAUGAUGAUGGAACCCAUUUCACGCAAUUUUAAUGCCAGAUACUGGCAAAAUAAUUUGUAAAGGUAAACAGAGUAAUUUUAUUUAAAGUGGAAGCUGAGUCUGCCUAUCGGUUCUCCCCAUUGUUAUGGGGGGCCCCGUGAAUAUAAAAGAAGCGGAACGAACCUUAAUAGUGUUAGCAGCAAAUAGUUUUUAAAAACUACAGAGUAUAGAAGUUCAACAAACAAACCGUUUGUUUACAUACGGGUUUAACUUCCACUUAAGAAAAUCACAGAAAUCGUAGUAUAAAUGCGAGUAAACAGUAUUUCCAAUUUAAUUUUAGCCACCAGUGUGCAGAAUUAUUACAGAUUAAUGUUCUCAGUUUGACAAUAUUCGCUGUGAAAGCGCAAAAUUUUAAAAUUUAUAAUAGACAGAAAAUUUAUUUUACAUCCGUGAAUGGCAAUGGAUAGCUAUUUUAAUAUCGUGUGUCCUAUUCCUGUUUUAGAGAUAAAUUGUUCUGAAUUUCUAUUUACUUCAACGUACUUCGUAAAAAGGUCAAGUUUUUUCAGGCUGAUAAAAACAAGCAGGACUUUUCAGAGAAAAUUAAGCACGCAAUGCCAAUGAACAAUUUUUGGGCUUUUCCCCCAUAGGAGCAUCCCCCCUUUUUGAUUAUUGUGUAUGUCUUCAUUCGUUUUGGAAACCAUGCCCAAGGGAUCGACCAACAUAUUGUCCAGCCUUGUUUUUCUCAAUCAUGAACAACUAUUCAUUUCAUUUCAUAUAACCCAGGCCAAAGGGAAGUGUGUGUUCAUAACACGUCAGCUGGAACUGAACUUGUUUGUAGAUGAUUCACAUUCGUUAUUCGUACUAGCGCAUGUCCCCUCCAAUAUUUACCUGAUUUAUAAUGAGACAACUAGAACCCAAUUUCUCGCCAGUUCUGUAACUAUCUUGUUAAAAUUUGCCGUUUAAAUUUAGUUAAUAUAGUAUUAUGAUGACAAUUUUAUGUUGUUAUAGAAUCGAAAUUCUGUAAUAAUGUGGUUGUGAUAUUAUUUUUGAUGUGUUCGCCUUAAUUCGGUAGGAAAAAUUUAUUCCUGUAAAUGACAAGUUACAGAACUGAAAGUAGCGGGUUUUAUUUUGACUCAGCCCAAUUUUUGUAUUUAAUAUAAAAUUAAUUCGACUGCUUUAAAUAACCAUGCGCUAUUUUAGGUUACCUCUUCAGUAGAUUCCGUUGAAACGGGCAUCCAUAUUUAUUUUUGUACAUGUUUUGUAUUUUAAAGUGAAUUUAAAUAAAGGAGUCAAUCAUAAUUUAA